CAAGAUAUAGACCUGAUUUCUCCGAAAAAAAGGGAAAAUUGCCAAGCUAGACAAGGCGGGUUGAGGAUCAGGCGAAGCGGAUGAGAGACGAGCGGAGUUGGGAUUGGUUUAGAUCCGAGUUGAGUUGGCAGAUUGGGUCGGGGGACGGGGUCGUGAUGGAGUGGAAACAGCGUGGGGCGAAAAGGGGUGCUGAAGUGGUGCGAUCGGAGCUGGUUGAUCACGAGAUGGGAUGGGAUCAGAUCAAGUCGGGGGCCGAUUGGAGGUCGGAGAAGAACCCCCCGCCUGUGGUACGCCCUGAGUGGGUCACUGAUUCAAUUGCUGCGGGGAAAUUGUUGCCAUAUGGCUCAUACCAGUUACAACGCCUGCUGUUUGCUCACCCUGGGCAACGAACACUUACGGAGUCCAUCAUCCCAAGGACACCACUUGGCAGUGGUUGGCCUAGAGUUGAGGAGGUGGGACAUUCGGAACAGCCCCAAGCAGUUGGCAGCAGCUGGGAAGCAUGUCCCAGCAGCACAGCAGAUACAGGACUGACUGGUGCUGCAGCUUCGGACGGUAGACCCCCAUCCAGCUCAGUGAUUAUGACAGGAAUGCAGAAUGACCCUCUCUGCCAUUCUGUUGCUGCUGCAUGCAGUAUUCCUGACGAGGUGCAGGCGAAGCAAGAUGCAGCGCGGAUGGUCGACCUUUCCGUUUUAGAAGGCCAUCUUCUUGCAAUGAAACCCCCCCAAUUACAAACUGGCCUCCAAAAUGGGCGUCUGUCUGUCGAUGGACCUCUGACAAGCAUAUCAUCAGUUCAAGACAAGCUUUCGGUUCCAAGUUCAGUGCAUGAUGGACCUCGUCAGCUGACGGCUGCGUGUGGUUCAUCUCCAGAUGAUUCUGCAAUUCGCUCGUUGUUUCCAAAUGGCUCAACAACGACAGCUGUGCGGGGUCAACCAGGGACCAUGGCCACGCACAGUUCGCUUCAGAUGUCCCAUGGGGAGAAAUUGGAGAAAGUUGUCGGUGAGAUCUGGCCGACACCAUCCUGUCCUCAGCGCAGUGCGGAACAGUCUCUGAAUGGAUGGAACCGAUACAAGGAUGGUGAGCGAGUUACUGUGUGUGAUGAUGCUAGGCAUUUCCCGAGACAGGGGACUGCCGACAUGUGCAGACUUGUAGAGCAAUCAGUGCCUCUUGGAUCGUCAGACUCGAGUUCAAGGGGUUUGUUGAUCGAGAAGCCAGCAGAGAUGUUAGACGGGUGGCAUGGCGGUGCUGUCUCUGUGCCCUCUGGCAUGAGCGAGGCAGAACAACCACUUGGCUGUGCUGCUGCAAAUGGGAAAGGACCUUUGUUGAAGGAAGCUGAGCAGGGACUAUUUGAUUCAAGGACGGUGUUAAUGGGUGCUGGGGAAAACAGCUGUGCUAUUGGGCAUGUGGACGGACGGACCAUGUUUGGCGAAGAUGUCCAGCGGAAUGACAAAGGAGCAGUGCGUGCCGGUGAGGAGAGAGGGAACGGAGGGGGCAGCGAUGAUUUGAUUGGAAAUCAAGAAGAGGAAACGAAAGGAGCCAUUGGUAGCACAGGUGGAACCGGUACAGCUGCAGGACAAAGGGGACCGCCCUUGGUACCUCCUGAACCAUCCGUGCAGCGAUCAAGUGGGAAGAUUCCUGAUCCCAAGACAAGUCAUUCAACUCAAAGUGACCCCAAUUUCAUUCAGAACUAUUACAAGAAUUCCCGUUUGCAUUUUAUUGGCACAUGGCGGAAUCGCUAUCGCGAACCGACCGAGAGAGAGGAGAAUGGAGAAGAAAAGCCAGCGAACCAGAAAGCUGGUGUGGAACGAGGACCAGAGCCGAUGGCACCGGCAAGAGCUGGUCAGAUAAGCGGUCAUAUCGAUGGGCGCGUCAUCAUUCAUGUUGACAUGGCCAAGAGGGAGAAGAGAACAUCAAACGAGAGCCUGUGACAGACUGUUUCAUCGGAAUUUUAUAUACAUUGAUAUCUAUAUAUUGUCAAAUGGUCUAUGGCUGUUAUGGC